GCGGCAGAUGGUCAUUUAGAGCGCAUAAAAAAGGAUGAUAAUAGUAAAGAUGCGGGAUGCGCUACUUAUGCGAUCACCUUACAGUUCAAUAGACUUGGAAGCUUGAUUGCUAUAGGUUGCAACGAUGGAAAAGUUGAAAUAUGGGAUUACAUCACGAGGCGCAUUGCUAAAGUACUUGUCGCGCAUGCCCAUCCUGUUUGCUCAAUCAGCUGGAGUCGGGAUAGCAAGAAACUUCUUAGCGCAUCGACCGACAAUACAGUCUCAAUGUGGGAUAUUAUAACUAGUGAUUGUGAAAGGACAUUUCGUUUUCCGUGUCCUAUAAUGCGGGUGCAGUUUCAUCCACGGAACACGAACCAAAUUCUUGUGUGCCCACUUAGGCACCCUCCUGUUCUCAUCUCGACUCAGAUUGGUGCUCCUACGAUAAUUCAGCCAGAAGAAGAGAAUGACCUAAGCAUCGUUGCCUCGUAUGAUCGCCGUGGGAAUUAUAUAUUUACAGGAAAUUCUAAGGGCAAGGUGUCCAUCUAUAAGACUGACACUUUGAAGUUAGUGAAUUCAUUUCGGUCCACUUCAACUGCAAAUGCGGCCAUCAAGUCAAUUGAGUUCGCCAGGAGGGGCGAAUACUUUCUCAUAAACUGCGCUGACCGUGUUAUUCGAGUAUAUAACCUCUUGGAUGCUCUGAAACCCUCUAGUCUAGAUCCAGAUCCAAUGCAGAAGCUUAAAGAUCUAGUUACAGGGUAA